AUGUGCAAACGGAGAGGAUGGAGACGGUGCAGACAUGGAAGUGGAUGGGAUGAGGUUGAGCAACAACUAUAUUUGAAUGGAAAGGCGCUAUAUGAUGUGUCUAGUGGUGCCCCGAGAAAGCAUGGGCGUCUUGCCAUAGAAAAUGGUGUGGUUAAGUCUUCAGAUGUUAGGGCAGCCGAAAGGGAAAGAAGUGUGCGUCUAUCAAAUUCAGUGACUAUGCAAAACAUGUCUCGAGAAAUGGAAGAGCUAUGUCGUGCAAAUGGAAGGCUGGGACGUGAGAAUCGUGAAAAGGACAACGCACCGCAGCAAAACAAAGUUCUUGUCCGCUUAGUACUGGCAACUGGGUCUUCUCAUGCUGCCUCAGAAUCUGCCAACAAUGGUAAUGAUGUUGGCCACACCAAUGGGGAUCUUCAUGCUGCAAACGUUGACAACAAUCAAGGUUCCGACAACAAUGGCGAUCAUGCAAUCGAUAAUGUGAUGGUUGUGUUUAGUUGCAAAACAUGGAUGUGA